AUGCCCGCGACAAGCUCGCCGCAAGAGCAGGGGGGGCAUGGGGAGUACCCGCAACAGCCUGAGCAGCAACAGCAGCAUCAUCAGCAACUUGACGAGGAGCAAUGUAGCAACUCUGAACCUCAGACUCUGCCUCAAACUCAGCAGCAACAGAACCAGCGCUCACGAUCACGACCACAGCAUCAGAACCCUCGACGGCCCCCGUCCAGCACGCACCUUGCCGUCCCUUCAGCAGCCGCCGCCCGCUCGUCUUCCCCAUCAUCGUCCUUCUCGUUCGUGGCCACGCCUUCAGCAACGCCUUCGCCUUCGGCCUCGGUCUUGUCCAUUGACGUGUCGCGCUCGUCCAGGGAAGCCUCUCCUCCGAUAGAGACACCCUCUUCCUCCAGCGCCGAGGCCCAUAACGGCCGUGCCCUCAGGCAAUUCGACACGAACGACGAUCGCGAAGACAGCUUCGACAGGGACAGCGAGGAUUACGGGCGCGAAAGAUAUAACCCGGCCAACAUGGCGAGCUGGUCGGGAACGCCCUCGAUCAAGGGCAACACCGAGGCGGUGCGAAUGGUGUUGUUGAACUUUAUCACCAUUGGCGUGACCUUCACAUGGGGUGUUGAAAUGACAUAUUGCACACCGUAUCUGCUUAAUCUCGGCCUUAGCAAGAGCAGCACCUCUCUAGUCUGGAUUGCUGGUCCAUUAUCCGGCCUCGUAGUCCAGCCCGUUGUUGGAGUCAUUGCGGACGAGAGCAAGUCAAGAUGGGGUCGUCGACGACCGCUCAUGGUCAUUGGCUCUAUAAUUGUCGCCAUCAAUCUUCUCGUCCUUGGUUUCACACGAGAGAUUGUGGGAUGGGUGGUGAAAGACGAGGAGGGGGCGAAACGUCCUACAAUAGUGCUAGCUGUUCUGGCCAUCUAUGUUGUGGACUUUGCCAUCAAUGCUGUCAUGUCAUGCGCAAAGAGUCUCGUUGUAGAUACUCUACCAUUGGAUAAGCAACAGUCGGGCGCAGCUUGGUCGAGUCGCAUGUCUGCCAUCGGCCACAUGAUCGCCUAUGGUGCUGGAGCUGUUGACUUGGUGCAAAUAUUUGGAACCACGCUCGGCUCUACGCAGUUCAAGCAGCUCACUGUCAUCUCGACCGUCUCCAUCCUGGGCUCAACAGCUCUCACAUGCUGGGCCGUCACAGAGCGCGUAUUGAUCUCAUCCAAGCCUACUCAGCAUCAGGGUCGGUUCAAGGUCUUCCGUCAGAUCUACUCGACUCUGCUUAACCUUCCUCCUCGAAUCCAGUCCAUCUGCUGGGCCCAGUUCUGGGCGUGGAUCGGCUGGUUCCCUUUUCUCUUUUACAGCACCACAUGGGUAGGCGAAACGUACUUCCGCUACGAUGUGCCAGCCGACGCGAGAAAGUCUGAGGAUACUCUUGGAGCGAUUGGGCGUAUUGGUAGCACUGCGCUCGUCAUCUACUCCAUCAUCACCUUUGCCGGGGCUUGGGUGCUGCCCAUGUUUGUGCAGUCGCCCGAAGACAAUUCGUAUACUCACCGGCCACCCCAGGCCAUCGCAGGCUUCUUGACACGCUUCAAUAAGGUGAAGCCGAGUUUACUAACUGCAUGGAUGAUUGGGCACUUGAUGUUUGCUGGCGCCAUGUCCUUGGCGCCCUUUGCGACGAGCUUCCGAUUCGCGACAGCGCUGGUGUGCCUGUGCGGCAUACCGUGGACACUUGCCAUGUGGGCGCCAUCCGCCUUUCUCGGCGUUGAGGUCAACAAACUCAGCGGUGGCGCCGGUGCCGACGGCACAUAUCGUCGCAUCUCGGACGAGCCCGAUAUCGAGCUGCCGGAACUCGACUCAGAUGAGGCUCCUCUGCGUCUAGAGCAUGGGCCGGGCGACUCACCUCCGACAGCAUCGACGGGCGAGCUGUCGGGUAUCUACUUUGGCAUUCUCAACAUCUACACGACGCUACCGCAGUUUGUCGGAACCUUCAUCUCCACCAUCGUGUUUGCCAUCCUGGAGCCGGGAAAGAGCCCUGAGCUGGCUGGAGAUUCAAAGGAACCGUCAGAUCCGACUGGACCGAAUGCGAUUGCGGUUUGCUUGUUCAUCGGCGCCAUGAGCAGCUUGGUUGCGGCGCAUGUAACGCGGAAGCUGAAAGAUCUAUAA